AUCGAUUAUUUUAACCACGCACAUGGUGUUAUUAUCAUUGAUGGUUGCAGUUGUCUGAGAAAGUUACUACAAUAUCAGCGUUUAGCUGAAGAUGAACGUGUCAGAGGAAGAGAAACUACACUCAUCUGACAAUGAAUCCGAUUCAGAGUCGGAGGGUGACUUGCUUUCUGAGAACGAAUCUAGCUCAGAGGAUAUAACUGAGUCGAGCUCAGACUCGGGUUCAGAUUCAGACACAGAGUCGGAGAGUGAAGAUGAAGAAAACGCACCAAAUGGAGAUAUACGUCAGUCAGGAGAUGCAGAAAAGCAGGAGAAACCUAAAGAUGAAUAUGCUGAAGAUUCUUCAGAUGAAGAGGACAUUCGCAACACAGUGGGUAAUAUACCAAUGGAAUGGUAUAGAGACUAUGCUCAUCUUGGAUAUGAUGUGGCUGGUCAAAAAGUAGCUAAAGGCUCCAAAGGCGAUGAACUUGAUGAAUUUUUGGACAAAAUGGAAAAUCCUGACUACUGGCGUACAGUAACAGACAAACUUACUGGUCAGAAAACAGUGUUGAGCGAUGAUGAUAUUGAUCUUAUCAAGCGCAUUCAAAAAGGCUGCCAUCCUUCCAGUUCUGAAAACUUGCAUGAGCCUUGGAUAGACUUCUUUAGCAGUGAAACAAUGAUUCAUCCAGUCACCAAUAGGCCAGCUGACAAGCGCAGUUUUAUUCCUUCAAAGUGGGAGAAGCUUAAGGUAGGUCAGAUGGUACAUGCCAUUAAGAUGGGAUGGAUGAAGCCACGGCAAGAAAAGAAAGUAAAGGAAGAACAAGAGUUCUACAAUUUGUGGAAGGAUGAUGAAGAGCCAGAAAUCACUAAACGCUAUCGACAACACAUCCCAGCUCCCAAAGAAAUACCUGGAGGACACGCGGAAUCAUACAGGCCUCCACCAGAGUACCUUUUCACAAAAGAAGAGGAAGAAAAGUGGAGAGAACAGGAGCCUGAUGAACGACGCAUUAACUUCAUUCCCCAGUCAUUUUCAUCACUGCGACUCCUGCCUGCAUAUGAUCGGUUUAUUAAGGAAAGAUUUGAGCGGUGUCUUGAUCUUUACCUAUGUCCAAGACAGAGAAAGAUGCGAAUGAAUGUCAACCCAGAGGAUCUGAUCCCUAAGUUGCCUAAACCUCAAGACCUUCGACCUUUUCCCACAGCAGAGUAUUUGGUUUUCAAGGGUCACACAGACAUUGUACGCUCCAUUUCUGUCCAUCCUUCAGGCCAGUGGCUUGCUACAGGGUCUGAUGAUGGGACUGUCAGAUUCUGGGAGGAAAUCACAGGCAGGUGUUGGAGGAAAGUGGAUGUUGGUGGCAAAGUCAGCAGUGUGGCGUGGAAUCCUGAUCCUAAUUUGUGCCUUGUUGCAGUUGCUGUGAACACUUCUGUGAUCCUAAUUAAUCCAAGAUUGGGUGAUAAGCUUAUUGUCUCCAAUACAGAUUCUUCUGUUCUCUCUUUUGGACAAGAAGAAGACAACUCAACAGUGGCAGAGAAAAAAUUGCCUGUUAACUGGAUUCCUUCUGACCUCAACCUAAAUGACUAUAAAGCAGGCAUUUUGCUGCGGGUGGAGCAUAAUAAGGAAGUUUCUCAGGUGACCUGGCAUGCUAAGGGUGAUUACUUUGCUACUGUGAUGCCACAAGGGGGAAGUAUGUCUGUUUUCAUUCAUCAGCUUACAAGGCGACGGACACAGAAUCCUUUCUCGAAGCCAAAGGGUCUGGUGCAAAAAGUCAUGUUUCAUCCAGUGCGACCAUAUUUGUUUGUGGCUACACAAAAAUAUGUACGAGUGUACAAUCUACUAAAACAACAGCUGGUGAAAAAACUCCAAACCAAUUGCAAAUGGGUGUCUAGCAUGGAUGUGCAUCCUGGUGGUGACAAUGUCAUUAUUGGAAGUUAUGAUUGUCGUCUCAGCUGGUUUGACCUUGAUCUGUCUACAAAACCUUAUCAGACUUUAAGACACCACAAAAAAGCCAUCAGACAGGUGACCUACCAUCGUCGUUAUCCUCUCUUUGCUUCGGCUUCUGAUGAUGGAACUGUAAUUGUUUGUCAUGGCAUGGUAUACAGCGACCUUCUGCAAAACCCAUUGAUUGUGCCAGUAAAGAUAUUGCGUGGGCAUGGUACACAGAAAGGCUUGGGGGUCACGGACUGUCAGUUCCAUCCAUUACAACCAUGGCUGUUUUCUGCUGGUGCAGACGGAACAGUUCGCCUUUACAGAUGAUCUUUAUUCUGGAAGUUUUUCUAUGAAAGAUACAUGGGACUGGAUUGGUGGGCAGAAGAGAUCAUCUGUCAGAUUCAUUGCAGUGUAUGCCCAGUUUUGCUUGUUUAUGUACAAAUGGUACAGAUGGGAGACCUAUUCACACAAACAAUGGAAAGUGGAUUUGAAAAGACCUUCAUGCAAUUCUCAUACUAAUAAUAAACAUUGUCGAAAGAA